AUGGCCCAGAUUGUGUUACAUGGUGGGAAAACAGACAUGAACAAGACGGAGUGGACCUCGGAGGACAAGCCUUCUGAAAGGGAUGCCCUGCAGCCUCGCCGCAACAUUGUGACCAUAGAUUAUACACUGUACAGUAGCACAACCCUGGUGGCUCUCUCCACAGGGCAAGGGGUGGACCUCUUCAUGCUUGACUUGGCUCUUGGUGAAUUUGUACUGGUGGAAAAAGAUGUCAAGAUUAGUAAGAAAGGAAAGAUUUACAGCCUGAAUGAGGGCAAUGAUAAGUAUUUUGACAGGGCCGCCACCGAAUUUAUGCAGAAAAAGAAAUUCCCUGAGGACAGCAGUGCUCCCUAUGGGGUCAGGUAUGUGAGCUCUAUGGUGGUGGAUAUGCACCACAUCUUAGUCUACAGAGAAAUCUUCAUGUACCCAGGCAACCAGAAGAGCCCUCAGGGCAAGGGAAUUCUCCUUUGUCCACUGGCUGUGCAUCCAGUCACGGAGCAGGAGGAGCUCUCUCCUCUCACGCCUGCUGUUUGGCUACUGCACUGCCGCUCCUUGGCAAGUCUGUGUGGUAGGCAGGAGAAGAGAAACCAGCUCUAUUUCCCUUGA